AUGGCCAUCCUGAAUCUCCUGACCCUUGCCCUUGCCGCAGCUGCGAUGGCAUCCCCUGCCUCAUUCAAUGACGCAACACCCACAGACCCGAAGGAUGCCCUUGUCAGGAAAGACGACUGGGACAAGUACCUCCAGUACAUGGCCAGCUUAGGUGGCGAAGGCGCUGAGGCUUCUGAGCAGGCAGCUGUGCACCGCUUAUGCGACCUGAGCUUCGAAGAAGCGAAGCAGCGAGAGAUCACGAUGUCGACGUAUUUCACAAUGUCCGAUCGUUGUAAUUUCUACGCGUAUGUGGUGUUUUAG